UAAUUGUUUUCGAUCCAUCCGCCCACAAACACACACACAUAAUAAUCGUAUUUAUAAAAAUCUUGUAAUCAUGUGAAUCGACAACAACAACAACAACAACAUAAUAAUCAUAAUCAUCUAAAUAUACACUAAAUCUAUAGAGAUCGCACACUCGAAUCUUUCUUUACAUUAUAUUAUUUCUAACCUGAGCUUUUUUUUGUUUGCUUGUUUGUUUGUGUGUGUGUUUGAUAUAUCAAAUCAUUUCAUAUCAAAUAUAUUGCAUCAAUUUUUUUUUUUGUUUUUGGAACACUACUUAUAUUUUUUUGUCAGUAAACUUCCGGAACUUUUUUUUGAGGAUUCCAAAAACCAAUCAACAAUUAUUUGAAGAAAAAAAAAUGGCAGCAUUUAUUGCAAAACAAAUGAUGGGAAAUCAGCUUUCAGCUGUUAAAGAGAUUAGCGUCGGUGACAAUCUCAGUGCUGAAGAAAAAGAAAGACUUGCACAAUUAGAACAGGAAAGAUUGGAAGCUUUAAAAGAACAAGAAGAACGACGAAAAGAAAAACAUAGAAAAAUGGAAGAGGAAAGAGAAAAAGUACGAAAAGGAAUUCGUGAUAAGUAUCAAAUCAAAAAGAGAGAAAAUCAAUCAAGCAUUGAUCAAAGUGAUGAUAUGAAAAAUCGACAAUCAAUCGAUGGUGCUGAUCCAACAAUGAUCAAUGGCCAAGAUGAUGAUGAUGAUGAUGAAUUUACUAAACUAAAAAAUACUAUUGAACAACGUAUCAAUGAUAUUCGUACAACAAUUGAAUCAAGAUGUUUAAUUAUGUAAGAAAAUCAAUCAAUCAAACAAACAAACAACAACAACAAUAACAAUUUUCUAAUGGUGCUCGUCAUCAUCAUCAUAUCAAAUUAAAUUAAAUUAAACGAAAAUUAUACCGAUUGUUUCCACCAUUAUCAUCAUUAUCAUUUUUUUUCAAUUAAAUUAUCGAUUCAAUCAUUUAUCGUAAAUUUUUUUUUUCUUCACAUUUUUUGUUUCCCAAUUCAAUUUCCAAUGAGCUUUUUCUUCCUUUUUCACCCAAAAUUGAUAUAUAUAAUUUAUAUCAUUUUUUUUUCUAUAUCAUACACUCACUCACUCACACAAUCGCACAUAAUCAAUAUAAUUGGCACACAAUUAUCAUUCAAUUUUCAAAAUAAAUUGAAUUAUUCAAUCAAAAAACAAAUAAAACAAAAAAAACAAACCAUACACCCACAUAUCAUUUAUAGACGGAGAAAAAAAAUUCCAUGUUUUUCUAUCCUGAUACAACAUUGCUU